UGUCAUCAUUAUUAAAAUGAGAGACAUUUUGCCUGAAAAAAAUCACCUCUUUUAACACUCACUAGCAAACACGCGAACCCCGCGCUCUCUCUCUAGCAUCUCUCUCUCUCUCUCUCUCUAGAUUUCUCUUCCAAUCAUAGCACACAAACUUAAAUGGAGAGGUAAUUAAUAGAUCAAAUCUUGUCAAUGCUGGAUCUGUUGAGACCUCUUCAUGUUUCAACUGACAAUAUAUCGAGGAUGAGACCUCCUCUCGUUCCACUUGCGACAUUGAUUGGGCGUGAGCUUAGGAAUGAGAAGAUCGAGAAACCAUUUGUGAAGUAUGGACAAGCUGCUUUAGCAAAGAAAGGCGAGGAUUACUUUCUCAUAAAACCUGACUGCCAGAGGGUUCCUGGGGAUCUGUCGACAUCAUUCUCUGUGUUUGCGAUCUUUGACGGGCAUAAUGGGGUAUCAGCCGCCAUCUUUGUGAAGGAGAAGUUAUUGGAUAAUGUCUUGAGUGCAAUUCCUCAAGAUAUCACUAGAGAAGAGUGGCUUCAAGCACUUCCUCAAGCACUAGUUGCUGGUUUUGUGAAAACUGACAUAGAAUUCCAGCAGAAAGGGGAGACUUCUGGGACAACUGUGACAUUUGUUGUAAUUGAUGAGUGGACUGUGACUGUUGCUUCUGUGGGGGAUUCACGAUGCAUAUUGGACAGCCAGGGGGGUGUGGUUUCUCUCUUGACAGUUGAUCACAGGCUGGAAGAAAAUGUUGAAGAGAGAGAGCGAGUAACUGCAAGUGGGGGUGAAGUAGGAAGGCUAAAUGUUUUUGGAGGCAACGAGGUUGGUCCCUUGCGUUGUUGGCCUGGUGGAUUAUGUCUUUCUAGAUCAAUAGGUGACACGGAUGUUGGAGAGUUCAUUGUUCCAAUACCUCAUGUCAAGCAAGUGAAACUUUCAAAUGCUGGAGGAAGACUUGUUAUCGCUUCCGAUGGUAUCUGGGAUGCUUUAUCUUCUGAUAUGGCUGCCAAGUCAUGUAGGGGUUUGCCUGCAGAGAUUGCUGCAAAGUUGGUUGUUAAGGUGGCAUUGAGGUCAAGGGGGCUGAAGGAUGAUACAACAUGCCUUGUUGUUGAUAUCAUCCCAUCCGACAUUCCUGUCUUGCCUCCAAUACCGAGGAAGAAGCAUAAUAUGUUCAGUUCGCUUUUUGGAAAGAAAGCGCUGAGUUCUGUGAGCAAAUCAACAAAAGAGCUUUCUGCUGUUGGUGUGGUCGAGGAACUGUUUGAAGAGGGUUCUGCUAUUCUUGCAGAACGAUUAAGUAAGUAUUUCCCUGCGAACGCAAACUCUGGGCUAUGCAGAUGUGCUGUUUGCCAAGUGGAUCAAACCCCAGGUGACAGUUUAUCAGUAAACUCAGGCUCUUUCUUCUCACCUGGAUCGAAGCCAUGGGAAGGCCCCUUCCUCUGCAGUAACUGUCAGAAAAAGAAAGAUGCCAUGGAAGGCAAAAGGUCGAGCAGACCCACUGUGAUGACAUAGCAAUUAUCUGGAAACAGAGUAAAUAUUUGACAUAUUUUUGCUGGCAGUAUGAGCAUGCUUGGUUUUAUUUUCCAGUGCUGAUUGGAUUAGAUGUGUAAGAAAUGAGGUAGAAAUACAGGGAGUAGGUGUUUUUGUCUUUCAAUUGUUUGUAUUGAUUUCUGGUUUGUGCUCGGCUUUUACUGACUGACAGAAGACAGAAAUGCUGUCUAAUAGAUAUGUUUGUGAUAGUUUGAUUGCUAAUUUGUAAGUAAAAAUGAAGGUUGCAUAGUUAAA